UGCUGACUUACUCUUAAUACAGUGGAAUCCUGUUGAUGAGGGCAUGUCCAUGUUUUAAUGAGCUAGACCUAUAACUAUAUCAACAAUUUCUUUUUGGACUGAGUUACUGCCCUUGAACUGUGUUGAAAAGUUGAUUCUACAGUUAAAAAUACUAAAGCUGGAAGUACAAUCUGUACUAGGUUCGACUGACUUGACUGCGUUAAACAUUGCCUUUCUGUGCCAGGUUUGACUAACUGGGAUGUGUUAUACAUUGCUUUAUUGUUCAGGUUUGACUAACUUGGCUGUGUUAUAAAUUGCGUUAUUAACUUAUUGUUCAGGUUUGACUAACUUGGCUGUGUUAUACAUUGGUUUAUUGUUCAGGUUUGACUAACUUGGCUGUGUUAUAAAUUGCGUUAUUAACUUAUUGUUCAGAUUUUAUCUUAUCCUGACUCAUACUUAUUGCUUAUCUCUCUCUCUUCCGAAUAGGUAGUGGAAACGUCCUGUGCUGUUCCCAAAGAACAGAGAAAACAGCUCACCCAAACGCACCCUCACUCUGCGCAUGCGCACCGGAACCAUGCGACCAAGCCCAGUAACUCAUCAUUCUCUCUUUUUCGCGCCAUCUUGGCAGCUGGAAUUUUUUUUCUGUGCAUCAUAAUCCAAGCUUUCCAUAAAAAUUCACCCUUUUUAACAAAAUCUUUUGCUUGGAUUAUCUUCUGUGAUAUUCUAUACAUCAUAUCUAACGAUUAUUUUAUAUAUUGGCAUUAGAAUUUUUCGUAAUUUGGACUCAAAUGCAGCCCCUAUCGGAGAUCAUGAAAACAUGUAACCGAUGUAAAUUACGUUUUUCAGAUCCGGACCUUCAUCCAACCUGUACCAGCUGCACAGUACAGAACUGCACUGCAGAGAAUAGAUGCAAAUUCUGCGGCCCUUUGGGGAAGGAAGAAUUUAGUAAUUAUUUUUUUGCAGCGCUGAGGAAAAAGAUGGAUCGGAAACGACGAGAGUCAUCACGCUCGUUAUCAUCCACGGAGACAGCUAAAAGUAAGAAGAGGCGAGAAUACUCCCUGCCCUUCGUCAGAGGAAUUCGAUUUGAUAUUAUUCAAAUUAUCCCGCUGAAUAUGAUGCAGUCACACACCAGCCCCCCCCCCCCCCCAUCUUACUUCCUCGUCUACCAGUAAGAAGUCUAGAGGGUCUAAGAAUAAACCUAAUGAACACUUCAGUAAGGCUAUCAAUCUACAACAACCGCAGUCAUGAAGGGGGUUUCAAGAAAAUCAGCUGUUUCUUCUAGCCAGAAGAAAGCCUGCGCGCAGACAAUUACGUCCGCACAACCCGAGAGGUUCGCGCAGCCCGCAGUGUCAUCCAAUUCGACUACAAAUACAACCGAUAUAUACCUCAAUCAGCCUCAGACCUUCGCGCAGAUACCGGCCUUCGGGCAGCCCAACAUAACAAUUACGCAAUCGUCUACCUUCGCGCAGGCGUCAGGCUAUUAAUCAACAAGAGUAUACACAUUCGCCAGCGUUCCCGCAGCCCAACACAACAAUUACGCAAUCGUCUACCUUCACGCAGGCGUCAGGCUAUUAAUCAACAAGAGUAUACACAGACACCAGCGUUCACGCAGGCUCCCGCCUUCGUGCAGCCUUCAACGUUGACACUGCCAACUACCUUCACGAAGCCUACCUUUUUUACGCAAGGUACUUUGCUAACGCCUGCUAUAAUACAGAUGUGAUAGCAAAUAUCACACAACAAGUCGUAAUGGCUAUGCAACAACAAAUGUGAAAACAACCUGGCACGCAGUCGACUACCUCUUCACACAAUAGCUCGCAGAUGUCGCAGCCUUCAUUUACGGCUCCGAAUCCUAACGCCUCCUAUCUUCUGCAAGUGGAGGAUAUGUUCGAGCCCCCUCAAAAUGAGGACACAUCGGGGGAAAAUUACCCUUCAAUUUAUGAGGAUCAUGAAUUAAUGGCGUGGAUUACAGAUAGACUGCCGAUAUCAUCACCGUCAAGAAAUUCUUCUCCCACUGAUACAUACUGUAUCAAAGGGGACGAUAUAGACACACUAACCAUCCCACCGAUAAAACCAAUCUCCAGCAUUGCAGAGAAUCUUAAUGUUUCUUUUGCGAAAGCCACGAAAUCACAAGGACUUCAAAUACCAAGCUUUAAUUCUAAGAAAUUCCCCAUGCACGCCAUGUCGCAAUUUCUUCGCUCACCGGAGAUUGAUGAAGAUUACUCACUCAUGUCAGACUCCAAAAGUAAAAAAUCUUAUCGCAUUGAGGAUAAGAAAAUUGCACAACUUGAUACGACUACAAGACAUGCAUUCUUUGGACAAGCGAUGUCACGCGCUAUGAGCCUCAGAAUGACCGCGAAAGAAUGCUACUUUCAGCUCUCGUCAAUCAAAAGAAAAAUCAAGAAAUUAUUUCUGAUCAUAUGAGUUCAGUGUCGGCAGGUUUAACACUACUACAGCAACAAGGUCUUAUAAAUAAUUCUAAUUGGUAUACCUAUACCAAAGAAUUAUUAAGACAACCCUGGGAGGCUCCAACCAUUUUUAAUGGUAACAUACGCAAAAUCAACAAAGAAGUGCUUUAAGACUCCAAAGAUCAUAUGCUGAUCAAGUCAGUUCAGACUAUGAAUUCUAUGUAUCGUCAAUCCAUGCAGAAACCCCAAUUCAGAAGCCGUAUGACGGGCAUUCAAAAAGCUAAAGAGAAACGCUCGUACAACUACAGGGGCGGGAAAUCAUCUGCUUUUCGCAAGUCACAUGACACGUCACGUGACCUGUCAAGUGAUGCCGACCGUGGCCGCGGCCGCAGAUCGAGGUGAUCUCGCAAUAUUACCGGCGAAGAUGGGCUUUUGAACGACAGGGAACUCCCCCCACCAGCCGUUCAUGUACAGCAUUCCCCAGUAGGCGGAAGAUUGGCAAGAUAUUGGAUGAAUUGGGACAUUCUAGGAGACGAAUUUGUUUCCAACUUUCUAAGAAAGGGCUACGCGCCGACUUUACUCAAGAAAUCCCCGUUAUCUCGCAAGCCACCGGAAAUACCUUAUUGGAAAGAAUUGUUGCCGAAGUUAACUGAAGCAAUCAAUUCACGCCUCAACAAGGGCGCAGUCGAGAUAAUUCAUCCAGAAUUACUAACUCCGGGUUUCUAUUCGCCAAUCUUUUUGGUUCUCAAAAAGAAUUCAAACGGAAAGUUUCGUUUGAUUUACAACAUGAGAAAAAUUCAACAAGAAAUACCUCCCAAAACCGGAGGAUUUCAGAAUGAUUCAACAAAUGAUAGCACGACUAUCUCGGAAGCAUCAAUUUACAGGAUGCUUACCUACACAUUCCCAUAAAACGGACUUUCAGGAAAUAUUUAUGUUUCCUCUUUGAAGGACAACAUUACCAGUGGGCGGUCCUGCCCUUUGGAAUUUCCACGGCCCCGUGGCUAAUUACACGAGUGACCAAACCAAUUGUGACAUUUUUUCACAACAAGGGAAUUUGUUGUGCUUUUUACCUAGAUGAUGGGAUAUAAGCCCAUCAAUCAACAGAGCUACUCAGACUACAAGUAAAUUUUACCCAGAAAUUAUUAACACAACUGGGUUGGUUAAUAAAUUUUCAGAAGUCUGAUAUACAACCAUCUCAGGACCUCAAAUUUCUGGGAAUCAGAUUUCUAACCAAUCAGAAUCUGAUAAUGGUAUCAGAAGAUCGGUGGAUAAAAAUCAAGACUUGUUUGCCAACGGCAAUUUACAAGAAAAUCUCAGUCAACGAAUGGCAAGUGAUACUAGGCUGACUCACGUCAGCCCAAGCGUGGACGGUCCGAGGCAGACUACACUUACGCCCUAUUCAGAGAUUUCUAAAUCCAUACCUAGAGUACCAGGAUUUAAAACUGCAACUACCACAAACAUUGAGGAAACACCUCUUAUGGUGGACAGUGAAAUCGAACGUUUGCGCAGAAACUUGUUUAAACGAGCCGGAUUACAACAACCACCUAUUCGUGGACGCCUCACUUCAAGGCUGGGGAGCUCACUUCAACAGAGAAGUAACAGCAGGCCUAUGGUUAGAAGCAGAAAAGCUCUACCACAUCAAUUAUCUGGAAUGUGAGGCAGUAAUCCGUGCAUUAUUUCACUGGGCCCCACAGUUAAGAAACCAACGUCUGAUGAUCAGAACAUUCAACUGUGGCAUACAAUAUAAACCUUGACCCUCCUGAAGUUGACAUUUCAACUUUACGAGCUAGUAGACAAUCUGAACUUAACAAUAAAGACAAGACAUAUACCAGCAGUGGCAAAUGUCUUAGCAGACGCCUUCACCAGAUCAGCCAAACCAUCACCGACAAUGGAAGCUACACCCAGAAGCAUUCCAACUGGCUAUAAAAGAAAAAGGUUGCCCAUUAGAUAGACCUAUUCGCAACCAGAUUCAACAAUCAGAUAACAACAUUUGUAUCACCAGUGCCAGACACACUAGCUUGGUCAGUCGAUGCUCUGUCAAUAUCAUGGGAGGGACUAAAUGCGUAUGCGUUUCCUCCACCAGCCGUGAUACCACAGAUAUUACAAAAGAUCCUACACACGAGCAGCCUACAACUGCUUUUGGUAGCGCCUUACUGGCUGGCGAGAACGUGGUUUCCAGGUCUCCAAUCUCCAGGAAAUCCAAUAUUAAAACUACUAAACUGGCCAAAUCUACUGCUACAUCCUCACUCCAAUCAGGUCCAUCCAAGACCAGAUCUAUACGAACUUCACGUAUGGAGCAUAUCAAGAGCAGUCUCGUUAAAAGAGGAUAUUCCAUGAGAGCAGCUAAGGCAGUCUCCUUAGCACUUCGUAGAUCAACGAGGAAUCUCUAUGACGAUAAAUGGAAAAGUUUUGACCAGUUUGCAACAUCCAAGGGUUUUUCUGCAGCCAAAGCUACUAUACCACAAGUAGCAGAUUACCUAUGUCACUUACGAAGUACAUGGAAUCUUAAAAGUUCGACACUGGGCACUUAUUUGGCCGCUAUCAGUUCUGUACUGACAAUGGCUAACGGGAUAAAACUUACUAAAGUUCCCGAGCUGAUAGCCCUACUCAGAUCCUUCAGACUUAAGAACCAACAGAAAAGAUUUAGAGCCCCAGCAUGGGACCUAAAUAUAGUGCUACAACACCUAACCAGUGACGCAUACGAACCGCUCCAACAGGCAGACUUUGAACACCUGACGCAGAAAACCCUAUUUAUUCUGGCAUUAGCUACGGCAGCCAGAAUGUCUGAAAUCCACGCGAUAGACUUCAAUUGCAUCACAUUUGACAGUGGUAACAACUCAUCAGCGCACCUUGGCUUAAGAUGGGACUUUAUUGCAAAGAACCAGUUACCAGGCCAACCAGACAGACAAUUCCAUGUUCCGGCUCUUUCCUCCGUCCUUGGUGCAGAGGAUACAGAGGAUUUAUCACUAUGCCCAGUCAGAGCCUUAAGAUUAUACCUACAAAAGUCUAAACCUAGAAGACAAGGUUUUAAGAGACUAUUUAUUCCUUUAUUAAGGAAUACACACACAGAGGUAUCCAGAACAACUAUCUCAUUUUAGAUGAGAGCUGUUAUUCUCAGAGCAUACAGAGCAGUGGGAUUGGACCCCCCUUCAGCCUCCAACCCUCACGAAGUAAGAGCCUUAGCCUCAACUUUGGCGCUUCACGGCAACUGCUCCAUAACAACUAUUAUGGAAGGCUGUUUCUGGAAAUCAGAUACAGUUUUCGCCAAUCACUACCUCAGAGACCUUGCUACAGAAGACUUAGCUGGUAUUCACCAAUUCGGACCAUUAGUUGUGGCACAACUACUCACGAAUCCUACCAGACGACAUUAGAAGAUCACACUCACCCAAUAUCACGUAGACUUGUUGACGUCAGGUUACUGUUCCAUAACCAACGACUGAGAGUCCAUGCCCCCUGUUUUACUAUGUAAUUCAGCACAUGAGUGAGAAAUGAUUGUGUUAAGAUUAUUGCUCUUCUCUUAACACUUUAAUCAUUUAAGGUGAACAAGAUUUUUAUCUUAGAAACCUUAUAAAUCCACAAAUCUAUAUGAUUUACUUCCAUUUUGCUGCUCACAAAAAAGGAAGGUGGUCCCAAAAUAAAGAAUUUACACAGAAGAUUAACAACAUUCCUAUGGGGAUUAUAGAACAGAUCGACGUUAAUCACACAUACAGGUGGAACCCACCACCUACUGUGAGAUUCAAGCAAUAAGUAUGAGUCAGGAUAAGAUAAAAUAUGUAUUUUUUAGAGUAAAGAUAUCAUUUAUACUUAUCCUGACUCAUACAAAUGAGUACCCUCCCGGCCUUCCCCUCUUUCAACUGAUGUGUUACGACCAUUAAGUAGGAAAUAAGAGAGAGUGAUGAGUUACUGGGCUUGGUCACAUGGUUCCGGUGCGCAUGCGCAGAGUGAGGGUGCGUUUGGGUGAGCUGUUUUCUCUGUUCUUUGGGAACAGCACAGGACGUUUCCACUACCUAUUCGGAAGAGAGAGAGAUAAGCAAUAAGUAUGAGUAGGAUAAGAUAAAAUCUGAACAAUAAGUUAAUAACUCAAUUUAUAACACAGCCAAGUUAGUCAAACCUGUAUAAGUUAGGAUAAGUAUAAAUGAUAUUUUUGCUCUAAAAAAUACAUGUUUGACUAACUUGGCUGUGUUAUACAUUGGUUUAUUGUUCAGGUUUGACUAAAUUGGCUGUGUUAUACAUUGCUUUAUUGUUCAGGUUUGACUAACUUGGCUGUGUUAUAAAUUGCGUUAUUAACUUAUUGUUCAGGUUUGACUUACUGGGAUGUGUUAUACAUUGCUUUAUUGUUCAGGUUUGACUAAAUGGACGAUGUUAUACAUUGGUUUAUUGUUCAGGUUUGACUAACUCGGCUGUGUUAUACAUUGCUUUAUUGUUCAGGUGUGACUAACUUGGCUGUGUUAUACAUAGCUUUAUUGUUCAGGUUUGACUAACUUGGCUGUGUUAUACCUUGCUUUAUUGUUCAGGUUUGACUAACUUGACUGUGUUAUACCUUGCUUUAUUGUUCAGGUUUGAUUGACUGGUCUGUGCUAAACUGUGCUCUGUUG